AGCAGUAACUCUGCUGGUUGACCUCCUCGAAGGCUGAGCGUAAGUUGUCAGGAGCAAAAUGCUGUCCCGGAGCAUCUUUAAACGUUUAUCGAAGAAUUUACUAUCGCCUCGUGUCCAAGCUCGUGUUCAAACGAGAAACUUGGCCAUCCAUGAGUGCUACUCGCAUGAUAUAUUGCGAAAGUACGGAGUCGAUGUUCCUCGUGGAGCCGUUGCCCGUACUGGUGAUGAAGCAGAAAAGGUCGCUCAUAACUUGAAGACCGACGACCUUGUUAUCAAGGCCCAGGUUCUUGCUGGAGGUCGUGGAAAGGGUCAUUUUGACACGGGUUUGAAGGGUGGUGUCCGUAUUAUUUACGACCCAAUCGAGGCCAAGAUGUUUGCGGACCAAAUGAUUGGACACCGUCUUAUAACCAAGCAGACUGGUGCUGCCGGAAAACCCUGCAACAUGGUGUACGUCUGCGAGCGCAAGUACAUCCGUAAGGAGUACUAUUUCGCCAUUCUUAUGGACCGCCAAAACAAAUGCCCCGUCAUCGUUGCUUCUUCUCAGGGCGGUGUCAACAUCGAGGCCGUCGCUGCCGAGAACCCUUCGGCUAUUCUUCAACGUCUCGUGCCUAACAAACCUACUUUGGACACUCGAAUUGCUAAAGAACUUGUUGAUGAAUUGGGCGUUUCACCCCAAUGCAAGGCUCAAGCUGUCGAUACAAUCACAAAGUUGUACAAGGUGUUUAACGACACCGACGCUACCCAGGUUGAAAUUAAUCCGAUGGCCGAAACCACUGAUCAACGCGUGCUGUGUAUGGAUGCCAAGCUUAAGUUUGAUGACAAUGCACUCUUCCGUCACAAAGACCUUUUGGCUCUGAGAGAUGAGUCGCAAGAAGACCCUGACGAAAUUCGUGCCAGCCGGUGCGGACUCAACUUCAUCAAGCUUGAUGGUAGCAUUGGAUGUCUUGUGAAUGGUGCUGGUUUGGCUAUGGCCACCAUGGAUAUCAUUAAACUGCAUGGCGGUGAACCCGCCAACUUUUUGGAUGUUGGCGGCAGCGCCAAUGCUGAGGCAAUCCGUGAGGCAUUUGGUCUUAUUGUUAAGGAUCCCAAGAUUACGGCCAUUUUCGUUAACAUCUUCGGUGGAAUUGUUCGGUGCGAUGUCAUUGCUCAAGGUCUCAUUUCAGUCGUGUCCAGUAUGAAGCUCAAUAUUCCCAUCAUUGCUCGUUUGCAGGGUACAAACCAGGAAGCCGCCAAGGAGGUGAUCGCCAACUCUGGACUCCGUAUUUUCUCCUUUGACGAGCUUGACGAAGCUGCCAGCAAAGCCUGUCGUUUCAGCCGAGUGGUCGAGAUGGCUCGUGAAGCUGAUGUUCAUGUGAACUUUGAAUUACCAUUGUAAAAGGCUUUAUUGUUUUCAGUGAGGGAAGACAGUUCAGUGAAAGACCAUUUUUGUCUGGAACAAUUUGCAUAAUGGAAGAAGGAUUGGUGAGUUGCUUGCCAGAGGAAGGAUCGGAGCACUUCCAGUUAUUUAGGAACACACUCUCUUGUCAUGACUCUUAAUUUUAUGUUUCUGAGCCUAAGCGGCAUUUAAUCAAUUCUCAUUAUAUCUGCUACGUAAAAAAACAAACAUCGAACAAAAAAUCGGAGACUGCGGGGAAGCAAACGAUUCGCAUCGUUUCUGUUUCUCAAGCAUAAGUGCUAGAACAUGUGCGACCGAUGCGCAAGCUAUAAUACCUUCCCUCGUUCCUAAAUGAUAAUGCAAUUACAGCAUAAGCUAGAACAGCAAGACAGAAUGUUGACACCGUUACAGCUCUGUGAGGAGCUGCUGUUGGAGACCUUAAUGUCAUAAGUAGUGUCGGGAUGAAUGGUCAGAGCUUCAACGCCGGGAACUUUAGGAAUGUUAACCGUAACGGGAAUGGAUGGUUUCUCUGAAUCACCAGAAAGAUCACGACGGACGAGGCCUCGGCAAAUACCAUAGCAGCAAGAGAUGUCAGGCAUAAUUUCACCGUUGCAAGUGCCAGCAGGGAUAAGAGUACCAUUGGAUGCAAUGCCGACACCAAAAUUGUCAUUGGCAUACCAAGUGAUCGACAUUCCAUAGGAAGGAUCGGGAAUGAAAACGACAUCGGGAAGGACGCGGUAGUCCUCUAAAGUGCUCGAAGCAGCAUUGUUAGUAGUUUCAGCACGCUUGGCACUGGGAAGCGCGAAGACAUUCGUCAAAAAAGUGCACAAGCCAAUAAGACCGGCAGCGAGCGAAACAAUUCUCAUGGCAAAUAGAUUACGAAAGACAAAAAAUACGUGGGAAGCUGUUCACGAAUACAAAAACUGUAUGGAGAAUUGUACUGAGAAACGUGGUCUAUUUAAACAUUCAUUCGAGCAACUGUUUUCUUUAUUUGAUCCGACAAAUGGUUGAUUCGCAAGACACCGGCUUUUCGCGGUUCAGGGUUAGAGACACUAUACAUGAUAAAGUGCGCGGUUGGGACGAAAACGUGAGGGUCUGAGCGCGGGAUGAAGCGUAAAAGGAUCAACAAUUGUCAGGAGAAAAGGGUUACCCGUUGACUAUGAGACCACGCCGUUCAUGACAAACGAUUUGUGUUAACGGACAAGCAAUUGGUAGCGUUACCAAGCAGGAAUUCAUACUUUGGAGACCAAGUCCUGCGACAAGGACCUGGCGAAUGAGCUGCAGAAGCGUCUUCCUGGCGAAAGUUUUCGUACGACACUGUCGGCUUCUGGGUUGCGCGCAUCGCAAGUUGCGUCGCAUUCUAAAAGCACAUGAACACUUUGCUUUCAAAUCCGAAAAGAAACGGGGUCGCCGACGAAUAAGGACCCCGUUGGGAAGCAGCCCGUCAGCCGAUCCUGUUGUUGAAAGAUGGAAAGAUAGGAAUUACAGAGGAAAAAAAAAAGAAACAGGAGUAGGGAUAGUUGCAGGUGUGAUUGUGAAGGAAGGGGGACAGAGGUUUGUAUUGGUCCAUGUUCGAGAGUGCGAACAGCUCCUCUGGUCACUGACCAUAAUAACGUUUCGGCAAAAGGGUGGGUGAGCGA